CACUAAUCGUACGAAAAGUAAGACUGAUUAGCGUUGAUGAUGGAAAUGGUUUUUUACACUAGAACUCCAAAUUAGUGCUACUUUUGUUGAAGCGGAUCAACUCUGUCUCAUUAUUUUUGUGUUUGAUUGGUUUAUAGCCGCCCCAAAUAAACCGCUUCGAUGCAUGUCAAAAAAAAAAUCAACUCCUUUUUAAGGCUCCGCUCUCUGUCAUUCUUGCCUGAUGAUAACAUUCAUUCGUCAGAGAGGGAAAUUUGGACACCGAUUGUGAUUGCACCCUGUUGCGGUCACCGUUUUCUCAUUAACUUUUUGCCUUGGUUUGUUGUUUUUUUUUGUUUGGGACAAAUUAUCCAUCAAUCACCCUCAUCAAUGAAAAGGAACAACUCUCAAUCUUUCCUCCAUCACAUUCUUGUAUAUUUUUAACAUUCCUUUUUCAUUCAAACUCCUUUCAAGAGAUCCUUUCCCACUUGAGAGAUUUCAAUCUUUAUUCGAAACUUCCAAUUGUGGGUUAAACG